AUGAAGAUAAUUAUUGAUGCCAUAAAUUAUGAAUCAGAUCAAACUAAUUUUUAAGUAAAGUUAAAAUGUGGACCCACAGUGUUAUAAACUGUUUUGGGAAAUAAUUGGAAUCACAGAUUUGUUUUAGAACAUAAAAAAGCAACAGAAAUUAGAAUUGAAGUUUGGUAAAAACCUAAUGAUGAAUUCUAAUUUAUUGGGGACUCAAUUAUUUAGAGGGUAGAGGGUGCACAAAAAUUGACAAUAAAAUAAAGUAAUAAGGAAUAGGGUUUUAUAAAUGUAUAGUAUAAGGAAGUGAAGGACUCAGUUACACAAUAAAUUUUAAGCUAAGACUCAUUAAAUUUAUCAAAAAUAGAAAAAUAAGCGUAAGCCCUGUAGAAAUUAAAUGAUUCAUUAUCAAUGCUACCGAGUCCACAUCAAGAUUUUGGAUCCAUCGAUGAAUAUUUCUCUUAAUAAUUUUAAAAUGAAGAUAUAGUUGGAAAUUCAAAGAAAGUAGCCACAAAACUUGUAAGAGAAUCUUUUGAUAAAAUAUUAUAAAAUGUCUCGAUUGGGAAAGAAGUGCACCUGUAAGAUGAUGAUGAAUUUGUAGAAAAUGAAGUGGAGAAAAAUAAUAUUGAGAAGUUGUAAAAGCAAUUGAUGAAGAUUGAUUGUAAUAAAUUGGAGAAAAAAAGAAAAUAAAUAAGUUCUGAGAUUUUUUAAUUAGAUGAGAUGGUUUAAUAAUUGAGAAUAGAUUAGAUAGAAUAAAAAUAAUAAAUAUAAAAUUUAAGACAGGAUUUGAUUUAGAAAUUACUUUAUCUUGAAGAUAAGAUAGAACAUUUAAAGAAACAAAUUAGAAAAUAAAAGCACCAUGUAUUUGGAUCAAAUCCUAAUUUAGUAAAUAGUGAAAUUGAAAUUAGCUCGAUUAAUUUAUAAAAAUAGUUUGUUGAAAAAUGGCAAUAAGAUCCUAAUUUAGAAAAAUAAAGAUAAGAAUUCAUAUCAAAGUAAAUACAAGAAUGGAAUGACAUAUAAAUAUAAAGAAAAAAAAGGAUAGAUGAGUAAUUUAAGAAGGUUGAAUAAGAAGAAAAAAUAAUAUUAUAAAAAAAGAAUGAACUUUAAUCAACAACAAAUGCUAAAAAAAGAGAGGAAAUAGAAAAGAACUUAAAGUUAUUAGAAGAACAAUAGGCUAAGCGAAAGGUUGAAUUAGAAGAGGCAAAUAGGAGAUUUGAAAAAAAGAAAAAAGAGAAAUAUCUUGCUUUAAGGUAUGCAGAAUAGGACGCUACAUAUAUGAUUUAAUUGCAAUAAGAAAGAAAGAAAAUAUUGGCUCAAAAUAAGAAUCCAGAAUUUGAUGCUAAAGAAAUUAAAUAAUUUGAGGAUAAAUUUAACUAAAUUCAUAUUGAAAAAUAGAAAAAAAGAAGAGUCUAAUGGGAUGAACGAGAAGCCUAAUGGAAUAAGUUUAAAGCCUAAUAUCAUUCAGCCUCAUACCAAAAGGCUAAGGAAGAAUAUAAAAAAAUUGAAAAUGGAAUUCAAUAAGAAAAAUAGGAAAGAUUAAACAAGCUUACAUAAUUUAUAUAGGAAGUAAAAUAAAAUCAUAAGCCUACUGUAUCUGAAGACCUUUAAGAUAAGUUAAUUCUAAUGAAAAACAACAUCAAACAUUAAUCUGAUUAUAAAAAAUAUUAAUCUCUCUCAAAGAUAAUUUAAUCUAAACACUAGUAUCAUGGUGUUAGUUAAGAGAAAUUAUAAAUGAUUGUCAAAAAGCAAAAACUCAUACCUUUAGAGAAGUUGCCAAUUAAUAAAAUAUCUCCAAGAGACGUAGGUGAUUUUUAUUUAAAAUAAAAUGCCACUUUUAACAUUAAAAAUAUUCCUCCAGUAAAACGAUUAUAGAAAAAUGAUAAUGAAGCAAAACAAUCAGUCUCAUCUUUGCCAAAUCCAAAAUCAUUUGAUUAUUUAAAGCACUAAAGGUAAAAAAAGGCCUAUAAAAUACUUUAAAAUGGAUCAUUAGAUAAUAAUAUACUGGAUAAAGAAGAUUUAUAAAUGUUAGAUUCGAUUAAUAAAAAACUCCUAGCUCUUAAGUGA